AUGUACCAACCGCGAGUGUUUUGUGUCAAACUUCAAUUGCAUUUCGGUGGAGAUAUUCAUGAGAUAUCUGUACCGGCAUAUGAUGGUGCCGAACCUACCGUCAACGAUUUGAUGAACAUCAUCGAACGAGACUUUCGCGUUCCACGAAUCUUACAGAAUCUGGCCUUUCAUGGCCAAGAAUUACAUCCACAUAUCAAUGCACCGUUAAGUUGUUUCGGAAUCAAAAACUUAGGCCUGAUCCGAUUAGUUGGUCGAAUGGCACCUGCUGACAAAAUCCAACAAAUCAAUUCUCAAUACAGUCCGCAUUCCCAUCAACAAACAUCCUAUUCUCCGCAACAACAACCUGUCGUUAUUUCUACAGCCGAACAAUAUCUUUCAUAUUCUUAUCCACAGAACCGUUCGGUUAGUACUCAAUAUGAUCCGCCAACAGAGCAGCCUCCUCCAACACCAGAUAAAGAGCAACUACCCGAACGACAGGCAACGCCGGCUCAAUGA